AUGAGUGUCGUUCAGGUGCAAGGGUGGGACAGGCCAAGCGGGUUCGUGUACGAGCCUAUCGAUGCUAACACAGGCGGCGGCAGCCGACGACGGCGGCCGCGGAACGUCCUGGUCGCCUGCGCUCUUUUUUGCGCCGUCGCGCUCGGCAUGGUCACGGUGAGGAUGUCGUCCCCACUGGAACAUUCCACCGUGCCGGGGUUGGCCAACCCCACAACCUUAGCCGCAGGAGAUGGUGGGGCGGGGUCACCCAAGCAGCAGGAGCAGCAGUACCAGCCGCGCAUGUCGUUGUCGACGAUGAACAGAGGUCCUCUCGGGGUGAGGGUAUCCAACCACUACCAACACGUCAACACGACGCAUGGCACGACGGACUUGUCUACAUACCCGUGGGAGCACGUCGCAGAGCCGUACCAAGCAACAAGGCUGGAGCUCACAAGCGUACCGGAGGGAGUCGUAGGCGGGUCGCACAUCAACUACUUCGGGCGGGCUGUGUCGGUUUCGGAGACAGAACUGGAGUCACGCGUGAAGAAUGCGAGGCGGCUCGUUGUCACACGACCCACCCGACUGCACGGCGCCAUCGAUGGCUUCGGGUUUGAUGACCUGCUGCCUUCCACCGUGCUCUCGGUGGCCCUCUCGGCCCUUCACCAAGUCCAGCAGCGAAGCCGCACGCAUCGCACGCUAGCCCAGUGGGCCGUCGCACUACGCGCCUUCGACGACGCCUUCGAGUGGGAGGAUAGCGGUGAGCAGGAUGGUCCGCCCGUGAAGCGUUCGAGGCAAGUGAAGGAGCGAAGAAAUUGGAGUACCUCGGCGUGGUGGCUGCAGCUCCAAAACGCAGACCUCUUGGACCACACCACAGAGGAGGCGAAGGUCUUCCACACUCGCUUCCGGGUACCUCACGCCUUCUUUCUAGAACUGGUGAAGAUGGCGAGGGGGAAGAAGUGGUUCUCUGUGCGAGAAAAGGAUGCUGUCGGACGUCAGGGGAUACCAAUUGAACUGAAGUGGGUGACCCUCAUCGCUCCGUCCAAGUACCCGGCGAACAGCGAGGACACUGCUUUCUCGAGGACGCUUGAGAGCGUGCGCAAGGACGUUGAGUGCUUCUUCGGUAUCCUGAAGGGACGUUUCAGGAUCCUCAAGCUCCGCCUCGGGUACCGCUCCAAGAAAGACAUCGACAACAUCUUCUACACCUGCUGCAUCCUGCACAACAUGCUUCACACCUUCGACGGCAUGGACGUGUUCGAGGAAGAUGUCGACUGGGUGGGGAGCGCUGGCCUGCACGACCCCUGGGACCAUGACCCACUGACAGACUUCACGUCUAUCGGAUCGACCGGGAAGCUUUCGGAGAAGGAGGGAGGGGAGGGGGGGGAGGAAAGCAGCGAGACGAUCGACCAGCACCCGGCGCACAGAGAGCUCAAGAAACAGCUAAUCGAGAGCUUUUCUUACCGGAAGAGACACAACGACAUUACAUGGCUUUCGAGGCCCACGUGA